AUUCUGCUCUGUACUGAACGCAAACUGGACUGAACAACAGCAGAGCAAAACCGAGAAGGCAGGCAGAAAUCUUUCCAGCUACGUUCGUUUCCAGAAGAAAGCUUCGGUAUGCGUGAAUGUGAAUGAAGCCUUACCGAUCUCCCACCUUCACAAGAACUGAGAAAUAUCUGCACUUUGCUUUUGAUGUUAUCUCUCCGGCUAUCUCCUAUUGUUAUCCAGGUCGGAGUCCUCAGGCAAGACUUUCACAAGAUUUUAAAUCAGCAGACAGCACUUGCUUCACUCAAAAAAAUAGCGUCAAGAACAAAAAAAAAAUCAACAAAUGCAAUAAGUGCAAAACCCGUAUAACUGAAAAUAAGAAACCGAGGACUAGAGAUUAUUCUGGUUUAUUUGAUAUAAAGCACAUUUAAGGCCUUAAGCAAAAGUGAUAUGGCAUUUUCACGGAGAGUAUUAUGAUGAUACUCGAGAUGUGCCACUGUAAAAGAUCCCAAAGCCAACUCGUGUGUGUGUCUUAAGACCUGCCGCCCAGGUAACUUCUCCAAAGAUCUGGCUUCUGUCAUCAGCACGCCUCUUACGCUUUUCCGCAUUUAAGUUGGGAAACAAACUGAAAAUGAUGCUGAGUCCAGAACAACCCGACUCCGACCUGCACUGGGGACAGUCAGAUGCCGAGUCGAUAAUAAAUGAUAUGAAGGUCGGGUGCGUGUCUGACGAGGCGCUGGAUGCCGAAGGGAAGACGCGGUCCAUAGCCCCGCCGACUCUAAGCAGGGAGGAGAAGCGCAGGAGGCGACGCGCCACAGCCAAGUACCGCUCGGCCCACGCCACCCGGGAGCGGAUACGCGUGGAAGCCUUCAACGUGGCCUUCGCCGAGCUGAGGAAACUGCUGCCCACCCUGCCGCCGGACAAGAAGCUCUCCAAGAUCGAGAUCCUCCGGCUGGCAAUAUGCUACAUAUCAUAUCUCAAUCACGUCUUGGACGUUUAGAGUUUCAAUAGACUUUAAGUCGAUUUUUUAAAAUAAAGAAAAGUGUAAAAUAAUAGCAUUUCAGAAAGAAAAGGAAAAACUGGAAGACAAUGGGUAAAUGAAUGCUCUUAUUAUUACAACUGACCAACGUGGGGCUUCCACAACCAGAGGGGCAUGGGAACCUUGGAAGCACGAAGACUAACUUUCACGGAAAUUUUAGUUUGAAUUGCAAAAUGUCACAAAUCCAAUCACAAUCCGCAGAGCAAAAGACAUGAAAAUUCGAUUUAAAACGCGAUAUUGCAAUAAUUUAAGCUAAUAAAACGAUCUAUUGUGUGUACUAGAAAACAAAGCCAGUCGUUUGACAAAGAUAUGCGUACUGUAUAAAACGUUUAUACAAUAACAGUAGCGCCUUUCAUAAGUCUGUAAGUAUCUUAGAUACGUGACUAGCCCUGGAUGACAAAAUGACCUGAUUAAAGCUGAACUAAAGUAUACUAGCUGCUUAUUUGUGUGUAAUAUGAAGUUUUCCUUCCUAAAGGGGGGAUUUCGCAUAAGUGCCACCUUCUUGUUUCAAGUCGUGACCUUAAUUAUUUUGAAAUAUUUAUCUAUUUAUUUAUUUAUUUGUUUGCCUGUUUGUUUAUUUAUUUGUUCGUUUAUUUAUUAAUUUCUGAUUUGUUUCUUGUGUUUAUGACAAUGUCUUUCAUAGAUAAUUGUUAACGUAUAUAUGUAUUGUAAUUUUUUGUAUUUAGGUAGACCUAUAAUUAUUUAUAUCUCAAAUUAUGAUGUUUGACUAAAAAGUGACGUUGCUCUUCAAUCGCACUUUUCAGUGACAGCUCCCUGUCGAUAUGUUGUAAAUGGAUCUGUACGUCAUGACGUUUAUUUCUGUAACGGUUUUUCUUUUUUAAUGUCCCCGGUAAAAAGAGCACUUCGUUUUGAGUAGCGCCCUUAGGUGUAUCGUAUCAACGUUUGUAGUUUUCAGUGUUAAGGGGAGGGGGCUGGGAAUUAUAAGGAAAACGUAAUUUCCCCCUUAAAACCUUAGCUUUCGAGAUGUGCUGGCGCUGUACAGCACCACGACAGAGAAAAAAUGCAGAAGUAAAGAGAGCGCCUUAUUAUGUGACGUCACGGCGAGAUCCCCAGUGCUGCGACCAAAAAUGAUUUCCUUUUGGCUUAUGUUUGACUUAUAUGACUAUUGUUUACAUGCUGUUAUUAGAAAGUCUUCUAUUUGUGUACCCGCUCUGCUUUGAACCUCUUAAACAAGAUCUAAUUUUAUAGUGAUAUGAAUAUCCAGCAUCCAAAGACUGCUUGUAUUUUCAGGGGUUUAAGGUGUAUUCGUUACCCUGUAGCACACAUUUCGUUUAGCCGA